UUGGCUGCCGAGGCCCUAGCCAUCACCAACGGGGAGCAUAAAAACGACAAACUGUGCUUGGAAAACCAGCCGGAAAGUAUCCUUGAGCCAGCAAACUUGAGAGAAAAUGGCGGGGACAGAAAACGUUCAUUCGUCGAAUUGGAGGAAUCAAGAGAGCACAAGACGGCUGAAUUAUGCAACAAACGUCCAUUUAGACCUUCUGAUGUGGCGAAUAAGCCCUAUGAACAAGGACAGAAGUUAAAAGGCACCAUUUUAUAUGAUCUUCUCUCGGGAAGAGAAAACCUGCAUACGGCCUCAUUGAGGAGUCAACUUUUUCUGCUGUCUUUCAGAGAUGCACCAAAGUGCGCACCCCUUGACCCAGUUCCCCAACAAGCUAGACUGAGAAAAAGGUUGAAACCAGUUAGGAAACACAAUGUUGCAUUUACAUGUCUAGAUGAAAUUCAGAGUAAGGCAUCUAUCAUUCGAACGCAAACAGUCGAUUGCUCCUUAACUUCCACGCAUAAAACCAGGCUCCUUGCAAGCAAAAAACAUGGUCACAAGAUACCACGCGUAGAAUCACUGCCAGUAUUUGAAGGACCAGCAGUGCAUUCACUGAUACCACGGACCGAGCGACUUGUUGAUCCACAAAAGCUACCUCAGAAGUUCCAAAGACCUUCGUGUUAUCCAGAGCAUAAUCUGAACAACCGUUCACGUGUUCGGCUAUCUUGCAGCGGAAUGGAUCUGAACUCGGAGCAACCACUUGAUCUGUCACAUUCAAAGCGGCAAGCGAAUGAGCUUUUUGGAUCGCGUUCUCACUACAGUGAGCCACUGCACACAUACCCACCUUCCAUCAUUUCAGAUCAACAUUUGUUCGCGGAUUAUAAACAAAAGAGUCAGCAAAUGGAUAAAAACUCUGUCAAAGUAAAGUUUACUCCUGAAAACAACAAGGAAACCCAAAGUGGCCGUCAAAGUCCACAAGGAUAUGAACUUUUGUUGCAACAUUUUGUACACUUACUGAUGUCCCCGCUCAACCUAACAAUGUUGUCAUCAAAAAGAGACAUAAAAUUUUCGAACAGCUUAGCAAAACAACAACUGCCGCACCUGCCCUGUCACCCAAAAAUAAUUCAGCCAGCAUCACCAUCCAGCAGUGGAAGCACUUCUCCUCGACUGAUUCCAAAACAAACAUCGCCCAGUAUCCCUUUCAAAGAGCAAUAUCUACAAUUUUCUCCUGAAACUAUUGUACGAAGAACUGUCCAUGACACAUCCCCAUGUUCCAGUAACUUUGCUCCUAGCGAAGCUUCAAAGGAUUCUCCAAGCACCUCCCCACCUAUCAGGUUAAAUAGGGACACAUUAAAGGAUGAGAAGCUACACGAAUUAAUUUUCAACUCAACUCAAUAUAUGUCACAAGCUGAUCAGACCAUACCCAGUUUCCUGACGCCGCAACAAGCACUUGUGAAUGUUCUCUCGCUUCAGGAUUCGAACCUCACCAAAAAUGUAGCAGGAGAGCUUCAGGUUAUUCCUGGAUGCACCACACCGCACCGACAAGAAAACGGUCAUAAGCAUGUCAAAACCAGAGACAGUACGGGGCUGUAUAAACCAAUGAAACAUUGUCCACCGAUGCUAGCGAUGCGGUGUGCAGUGAAUAAGGAUUCCGCUAUAACUUCCAAAAAAAUAUUGGAAGAGCCACACGAUACUAUUGCGCAUCAUUUGCAUUGCAGCGUGCGCCGCUGGAUAGGUAAGCUGGUUCAUCUUUUGAAAAAGCCUGAAGAACUCUUUCUGGAGUGUUUUUCAAGGAUGAGUGUUGUUGGAUCGUCCAUUGAAGGUAGGUUCCCCCAGCAAGUUGUUCUGCGUUGUUCAAGUGCACUUAUGUUAGAGCUAAGAAAUAAGUCCAGUGAAACCAGAUUGCGCCUAGUUCAAGAGAGCUGGCAUCAGUUGUUUGCCAUUUUUGCCCUCGAAGAACAUCUUGACAUUGUCAGCUUCGCACGAUAUAAACUUGAGCACUUAUUCGACGCCCUAUCAGAAAGUCAAAGGGCCAUCCGAUCCGAGAGUGAACAAAGCAACCAGAGAAUAACGGAACUUUCAAAGUACGAAACUCUUCAACUUGAAGACACCGUCAGGUAUCUGCAUCUUCUACAGAACGCAAUUUGGGGAAUGGAGUUGAAAGACACCGUUUUUGUCCUCAUUCGAAUGACCCUACUACUCUCAGGAGUUCACGAAGAUGCUUCUAAAGAAGAACUGUUCCAUAAUACGGAAACAGCCAUCCUGCAUGACUUGAAAACAAGCUCGCUCAGUUCAACAUGUUUCAGUGCGUUGACCACAACACAAGUGAACACUACACUCAAAAUACUUCGGGCUAUCAGGAAAGAACCAAUCCGAAUAUUGUUUCGUGACUUUCUGGAGGAGCCUGUUGAAUCACUCUUUUGCAGACUCUUGUCGGAC